CCAUUACUUCCCAGCAACCAUAGUUUUCUUUUUGUCAACCAACUUCAUAAAAAUCUCUAAAGAAACAUAUUAACCACUCAUUCAUCAACCAUAAUUUUCAUUCUGAAUAUAAACACUCACCAAGGACUUCUUGUUUAAACUUAGUUGCAGCUAUAGCCAUGGCCACUCAUGCUGCUUUAGCUUCUACAAGAAUCCCAACAAGCACAAGGUUUCCAUCUAAGACCCCUCACACUUUCCCAACUCAAUGUGCCUCAAAGAGACUUGAGGUUGCUGAAUUCUCUGGACUAAAAUCAACUUCAUGUAUUACCUAUGCUCAUAAUGCUAGAGAGUCUUCUUUUCAUGAUGUUGUAGCUGCUCAACUCACUUCCAAGGCAAUUGGAUCAACUGCUGUGAGGGGAGAGACUGUGGCUAAGUUGAAGGUAGCGAUCAAUGGUUUCGGACGCAUUGGUAGAAAUUUCCUUCGAUGCUGGCACGGUCGAAAGGACUCACCACUUGAAGUCAUUGUUGUCAAUGACAGUGGAGGUGUCAAGAAUGCUUCACAUUUGUUGAAAUAUGAUUCUAUGCUUGGAACUUUUAAAGCAGAUGUGAAAAUACUAAACAAUGAGACUAUUACCGUUGAUGGUAAACCCAUCAAGGUCGUCUCUAGCAGGGAUCCUCUUAAGCUUCCAUGGGCCGAACUCGGAAUUGACAUUGUUAUUGAGGGAACAGGAGUGUUUGUGGAUGGCCCUGGCGCGGGAAAACACCUCCAAGCAGGUGCCAAGAAAGUUAUCAUCACUGCUCCAGCAAAGGGUGCUGAUAUUCCAACUUAUGUUGUUGGAGUGAAUGAACAAGACUACGGCCAUGAAGUAGCCGACAUCAUAAGUAAUGCUUCUUGCACCACAAACUGUCUUGCUCCGUUUGCUAAGGUCCUGGACGAAGAGUUCGGAAUUGUUAAGGGAACCAUGACAACCACACACUCCUACACAGGAGACCAGAGGCUUCUGGAUGCUUCACACAGGGACUUGAGAAGAGCUAGGGCUGCAGCACUGAACAUUGUUCCCACCAGCACUGGAGCAGCCAAAGCUGUAUCUCUAGUGUUGCCACAGCUCAAGGGAAAGCUCAACGGAAUCGCCCUCCGUGUGCCUACACCUAAUGUUUCAGUUGUUGACCUUGUGGUGAAUGUUGCGAAGAAAGGUAUUUCAGCUGAAGAUGUCAAUGCAGCAUUCAGAAAGGCAGCUGAGGGACCACUGAAAGGUAUAUUGGAUGUCUGUGAUGUUCCACUCGUGUCUGUUGACUUCCGUUGCUCCGAUGUUUCAACAACUAUUGACUCUUCCUUGACUAUGGUCAUGGGCGAUGAUAUGGUUAAGGUGGUUGCUUGGUAUGACAAUGAAUGGGGUUACAGCCAAAGAGUGGUGGAUUUGGCACAUCUAGUAGCAAACAAGUGGCCAGGCACCCCUAAGGCAGGGAGUGGAGAUCCAUUGGAGGACUACUGCGAGACGAAUCCGGCCGUUGAUGAAUGCAAGGUUUUUGAAUAGAGGAGAAUCAUUUUCUGACUUGAUUAUUACCUCUACCAGCAAGCCAUUUGUUUUUUUCCUUUUGUUAUCAACGUAUGAUUUCAAUCAUAAGAGAUAAAAGAACAAAUUGUUCAGGCAAACAAGUGUUAUUUGAUGUCUGAGGAAUUGACUUUAAGCUUACAUUUAUCUAUGGCCAAUAAUGAGUUUUGGUGUAACAAUGAUUCAUAAGUAUCAUUAUCAUUAUAUAUAUUGAUAAAAAUGCACUUCUGAUA